AUGGACGGCGUCACAAAUGGUCUAGCGAGCACCAGACUCGACAGUGGCUCUCCGUCUGUCCCAUCUCUGCAGCCCAAGGCUCCCGUCAAGCCCGUCAAGGCUACGGUUCAGACCCCUCCCCGCCCAAAGUUCCAGCCGACCCACCUUCCCCGCGAGCACACAAGUCCACUGGACACCGAGACCGAGAAAUGGGUGACGCCUCUGUCGGCUCCGGCAUACUUUCCCCUCGACAUCUUCCAUUCCAUCCUGAACGAGCUCUCACGGCAUCCGGAGCAGAACUCGAGCUUGAUCAUCCGUGCCGACUGUCUUCCCUCUCAACCGGGCGACAAUGACGACGGAGGACUCGGCGAGCGGUUAGGGCUGGAGAUGGACGAGUUCAACCGUUUCAGGUUUGUUCCUCGGCAGCCCAACCGUGACUCGAGGCUCGAGCAGGUGAUCCACACCUACAGCGCUCCGGACGGCUCUGCUGGUCUGCAUGUCAAGAUGCCGCAAGCGGACUCAGCAGCCGAGGUGCCUUACUACCACCCGCCGGUCCGCAAGCUAGCGUUCCAGUGGCAGGCUGCGGAAGAGACUGAGGCGGCUAUGCCGGAGGAAGGUGUGCCCCGGGUGUAUGGCACCCUCACCGUGUCAUACCUUCCUUUCGACGACACGCCCUCCACCGGCAACCCCGAAUUGAUGGCGCCUCCGCCGAAGGUUCCCCGACGACGAUCACCGCUGGCUCCGCCGCUACCCGAGGCUGCGCCGGUACAAACACCUGCUACUGUUCUCGAGGACGACACUCCCGAAGCACGAAUCGAGGCGCAGGCGGUCGUCGAGCGGCGACUAAACCGAACAUGCCUCGCCCUACUCGAGAAGCUGCACAAGCACGGAUAUGGGACAUUGAUCGGCUACCAGAAGCGGGUGCACCAUGACGACCUGUAUCAGACGCUGAAGGAGCGCCACAAGAAACUCGACUCGCGUGUGCCUCUGGCGUGGAGCACCAAGGUGGAAGAUGUCAAGCGACAUGUGUGGAAGAACCCAGGCUCACCAGAUGACCGGGCGUUGCCUGACGACCUUUCACUUUGGGGCUCACAGGAUAUCGCAAUCUGCACCUUCUUGAUGCUGCUGUGGAAGGACAUGUAUCCGCCACGAGAGGGACCGGCAAUUACUGGGCAGGAGUGGGACACGUGGGGCCGCCCGCCAGCUGGUUUCAUCGAUUUAGGAUGCGGAUACGAUGGAAAGGGAUACGAGUUGCGUGCACGUCGGACGUGGCCCGAGUACCCAGACAAGACGCAGGCAGCCCUGAUCGAGCUGCCCAUCGACAUGCCGAGUUGGUUCCCAGAAACGCUCGAGCAGUGGGAGGCUGGGGAAUGGCCUGGGCGCGAGGAUUGCGUUAUCAAACAAGGGUCGUUCAUGCUGGGUAACCACGCCGACGAGCUCACUCCGUGGAUCCCACUGCUAUCUCUCAUCCCCGCCAAGCCAGUGCCCUACCUGUCGCUGCCGUGUUGCUUGCACACGCUUGACGAGAAGUUUACGACCCUCGAGUACAAGGCACCGCCGCAUACGCACACGCCGGAAGGUGGUUUCGAAGCGGGUCUGGAAGCUGGAUCGUCGCGCUACAAGUCGUACGUGAUGUGGCUCGGAUGGGUCGGCCUUCAGUGCGGGUGGAAAUGGGAGAAGGAAUCGCUCCGAAUUCCAUCCACGCGUGGGUGGGGCAUUGUCGCGCGAUCACGAUGGACGACGACGACAGAGGAGGACCAGGCGUGUCGCAAGUGGGCGCUGGACGAGGUCAAUGCGGUCCGAGAGCGCGGGGCCUUCAAGGUUCGCGUCAAGGAAGGCAAGGACCACUAG